UACGGAGCGGAGCUACAGAGCGGAGCACGCCAACGGGUGACGGGACUUUACUACACGGCCGAGAUAAGAAUGGACUCCAGCAUCAGAAUGAAGGCUCCUUUGUGUCUGAUUGAAAACAGUCCGGAGGAGAAGCUCCGCGUGAAUCCCGACGCCCUGAAGAUCCUGUCCGCCAUCACCCAGCCCGUGGUGGUGGUGGCAAUCGUCGGCUUGUACCGGACGGGGAAGUCCUAUCUCAUGAACAAGUUGGUGGGCGUCCAGAAUGGGUUUGCUCUGGGUAACACCGUCCAGUCUAUGACCAAAGGCAUCUGGAUGUGGUGCAUCCCGCACCCCACUAAAAAAGACCACACGCUGGUUCUGCUGGACACGGAAGGUCUUGGAGAUGUGGAGAAGGGCGACUCAAAGAAUGACAUCCAGAUCUUCAGCCUGGCCGUACUCCUCAGCAGCACCUUGGUCUAUAACAGCCUCGGGACCAUUAACCAGGACGCUAUAGAAAAGCUGCAAUUUGUUAAGCAAAUUACCGAAUUAAUCAAAGUGAAGUCCGAAGAGAACGACGACGAGGAGGCCGAGUUAUCCAGACACUUUCCCACCUUUAUCUGGGCCGUGAGGGACUUUAGCUUGAAGCUGGAAUUAGAAGGAGAAGCCAUCACCGAGGACGAGUACCUGGAGAACGCCCUAAAACCGAAGUACCCUGAAAAGACCCUUAAGAUUCAAGACAUGAAUCAGCGCAAGAAUUGCCUGCGCAUGUAUUUCAGAGCUCGGAAGUGCUUUACUUUUGAACGCCCUUCGGCCGAGGUCUCUGUCCUCCAGAACAUGGAGACCGUGACGGACAAGCAGCUGAACCCUCGCUUUGUGCGUCAGUCUGAGGCGUUCUGUAGAUAUAUAUAUAAUGAGGCUGGAGUGAAAUGUUUGGAUGAAAUCCACCCAAUCACAGGAAAAUAUCUGGGUUCAUUGGCGAAAACCUACACUGAAACCAUAAAUUCUUCAAACAUGGUGUGCAUGGAGAACGCGGUGAUGAGCGUGUCCGAGAUAGAAAACAAGGCAGCCGUGAAGGAAGCCGCGCAGCACUACGAGGACAAGAUCAAGGAGAGAGUGGACUUUCCAACCGAGACCAUGGAGACGUUUAUGGAGCUGAGCGGGCAAUGCGAGAAGGAAGCUCUGCAGAUGUUUAUGAAGAAGUCCUUCAAGGACAAGGACCAACUGUUUCAGAAAGAACUCGCAGAGAUUCUACAAGAGAAGAAAAAGGAAUUUCUGAAGACGAACGAGGCCGAGUCUCGUAACCGCUGCGAGGCUCUGAUUAAGAAGCUCGCAGGAGACUUCGAGAAAGCUUUGGAACAAGGAACGUACACGGUGCCCGGGGGCCACCAGACAUUCGCCGAUGAAAUGAAACGAAUUGAAGACGAGUACAACAAAGAGCCGAACAAAGGCGUCCAGGAAAAACAAGUUCUUCAGGAAUACCUCAAAUCCAAGGAAGUGAUCGGAGUCACAAUCCUGCAAAGUGACAACGUCUUGACGGAGAAGGAGAAAGAGCUGGAAGCUGAGAAAACCAAGAUGAAAGCCGAGGACAUGGAAAGGAAGGUGAAGGAGGAGAUGGAGUCUCAGGUGAAGCAGAAGAAUGAGGCCGAAAUUAGGACAAUACAUGAGAAUCUGCAACAGCUGAUGGAGAAGAUGGAGAAGGAGAGUAUGCUGAGGAAGAUGCAGCUGGAACGCAUCAUCUCGGAGAAGAGCAGGGAACAGAAUCAGUACAUGAAUCAGAGCCUGACCAGACACGCCGACAUGUACCAAGCUCAGAUCGACGAUCUGCUGGAAGAGAAGAGCAGACUGCAGGGCCCGUCCUGGUACACCCCCAUCGUGGACACCCUGAAGAGAGUGGCCGCAGAAAUUAUCCCGGGGGCCCUGCAGGUCGGUGGAGAAUUUCUCUCCCAAAUGGUGAGUGGUUAUUCCGAAAAACUCAGCAAAACAAACGUGAAAGAAACCUCCAAGAAAAAGUGAAAAAGUGAAAAUGAUCAGCGCCGGUCCCCUUAGAACCCCCAAGAACACGGAUCCCAGACUGCGCAUGUACUAAGCGUGAGUCACAAAAUGAGCAACCGGCUGAUCGUCUUACCCGACCCCAGCGACCAAACCGGGGAAAAUGACAACUGUAACUUACAAUAAAUAAAAGGAAGCCCUUGA